AUGGAUUCCAGUAUAUGGGAAGGCCGACGUGCGAAAGCCACGGAGGUCGAGCUUGCUCCCAACGGCGAUUUGCUGAUCAUGGUUGGCAAAGGCGACGAUGCUCUUGAUAUCAAAGUCUCUAGCAUCGUUCUCAACCUUGCGUCGGGCGUUUCGUUAGCCAUGUUGGCGCCUCCAAAACAGAUCGUUAUGCCAAACGCAAAUCCAAAGACUGUGCUGGAGUUCUGCAAAAUCCUGCAUCAUCAUACAGAAGAUCUCGAACACUGUGAUGCAGAGCAGAUUCUAGAUCUGGUGGGGAUUGCCGAUGAGUGGAUGUGCAAAAAGGUGUUCAAACCAUGGAUUGCUCAGCGGAUGACCAAGAUGAAUGACCAGCUUCGUGCUGCAACAAGCGACGCUUUCACCAUGACAGCUUAUGGAAACUUGAUCCAAUCAGAGACAAUACCCCUUGUAGACAUUGCUGCCACAAUGGGUAUGGAGGAUCUGUUUUGGACGGCGACCAAGGCCUCUCUUUUAGCCCGAUCUCCUGAAUGGAUGCCUCCGUCUCCUGGCAAGCUCCCUCGUCCAGAGGCGGCUCGUUACAACCGCGACAUACAUGAAUUCCUCGUCAAGACUCGGGCGCAAUACUUGAAGCAGUUUGUCAAGAACAUAUUCGACUGUUUAUUCGAGGGCUUCACACAUUGGGAACCAACGGAAACAAACCGGCCGGGCUGUAGCCUCCAGACAGCCACAAGAUUUGUGGAGUCACUGGACAACGCCGGAUUGACAAAGCCACUCACUGUGCGCCAUCAAGAACGCAGCCUGCUGAGUUCGAUGUUGGCACUCCAGCGUCUCGUCCGAGCCAAUAACUGGAAGAGAAUAGUUCUCGAAGCUCCAUGCACCUCCCACGGCAACCCGUGCUCCUACUGCAGCAGAGACUUCACGGCCGACAUGUUCGCCAUGAUCGUCAAUACUAUAGAGGACCUACCGGGCGUUUGCCACUAUUGCUUCUUCUCGACCGACCGUGACCCCUUAGUCACCAAAGGCCCCUGUUCGGAGCACCAUUGA